UCAAGUGCCUCCAUUCCCCACCUCCCCACACCCCUCGAUCAUCGCAAUGGACGCCUGCCUGCAGAAGUUCGAGACGAGCAUGGGCUCCGCUCCGACCGCGGCCUCCUCGACCGAGCACGUGGCCUCCACGCCGCGCCGCGUCGCCCACUGGGACAGCAAGCGCGAGAAGUGCAACAACUGCGAGCUCAUCUACCUGAAGACCCUGAGCCAGCACUCGGGCUUCUGCUCGGUCGACUGCAAGUCCAACAUGGCGUAUCUUCAGAAGGUGAACCACACCAUCCGCGCCAUGAAGGACGCGGUGGACGAGCGCCAGCGUCUGCAGGAGCAGGAGGUCCACCAGGAACCGGUGGCCCCCCAGCAAGGGCCGCAGCAGCAACACGUGCAGUCCUUCGCUGAGUUCGGACUCGAGACCCGUAUCCUGGACGCCAGCAACGUCGAGUGGUCUUUCAGCGCCGUGUACUAA